AAUCGGUCAACAAGGAGAUGUUCGAGCACAUCAAGGAUCUUGUGGAAGCGGAUGAUUCGGGUCCAAGGGCGUGGAAACUACUACGUGAUGUGGUUCAGCCCAACACUCUCCUGAUGGUGAUCGUGCUCGAGAAGGAACUUGCUGCCAUCUCCAUGCAACCAGGGGACGAUGUGAAGCCGGUCCUUGACAAGAUCAAGGACACCUAUGCAAGGAUGGCAGCAGCGGGCAGCAGUGUAUCUCAGCUGCAGCAGUAUUUGUGAUAAUAGAUCUUGAGAAGAUCU